CUUCACUGCACUGAAGGGAGAAUUCUUACAGACUACGUAGCAAGCCUCUAAUGUUGUAUGGUGGUGGUAAGUCCGACUGCCCUCAAUCAAGAUAAGUUCAAACACGGUGGUUGCGAGUACACCACCAGGAGCUAAAGUUUUUUGAAAGUAGUGACAUGGCACAAACUGUAGCUUUUCGAAAUACAGGCGUUCACACCCAAUGGGCCACCUUGUGGAAAAAACUCUCCUCGAGCUUUUAUAACCACUCCCUCCCGCAAAAUGCAUUUCUACCAAGCCACCACUACCGCAACCAUCCUAGUAAUGAAACUAUCUUUCCGAAAGGUUUUGUAACCGUCUGCGCAGGCCUUGGGUCUCAAGCGGUUGCUAGUGAUGAUCCGCCCCUUGCCAGCAAAUUCCAAUCAACAUCAGAUUCCCUCAGACUUAGCAACUGGGACGCAAUUCAGGCGCCCCAAGAACCUGCUAAUACAUCUGGGAGGGACAGUGUGUCAGUGGGAAUGACGAUGGGGGAGCACGAGAGCGACUCGUCCGGGGCCCCAUCAACAAGCGGUGGGCAUAAGCAGACUGCACCAGUGGAUUCCGUGAGGGAAGCAGCAGUUGAGGCGGUGGCACCCAAAGUGGGGACAAAACGCCUUUGUUACUACUGGACCCAGGGAAAAUGCGAUCAGGGGUGGAAUGCAAACCACACGGACCAACAUGCCCACAAGUAUCCAGAGCUGCCAGUGCGGCCUGCCGAUUGGCGGCGGGUGCGGCCCCAGCCGUUUGACAAGUACCUCAUCCUGGACCUGGAGGGGCGCGUCGAGAUCCUGGAGUUUCCAGUCGUCUUGCUCGACCCCAAGACUCUCAAAGUGCUGGACCGCUUUCAUAGAUUUGUUUGCCCCGUCAAAAUGUCCGAUGAGUACAUUACACAAUACGUGAAGGGCAAAUACGGCCUGAUGGGCAUUCACCGCGUUUGGUUUGACACCGCCAUCCCGUUCACCCAAGUCCUGGACGAGUUCGAGGUGUGGCUAGAGGGGCACGGCCUGUGGAGGCCGCCGACGAACGAGAGCGCACAGCAAACGUCGGGGGCAGAGAAUGACGGCAGCACGGCAACUUCAGACAAAGACCAGGGACCCGAGGCGGCGAACGAAGCGGCCUCGACGUCAGGCAAGCUGCAAAAUGCAGCGUUUGUUACUUGUGGUAAUUGGGACAUCAAGACCAAGAUCGCGGAGCAGUGCGUUUCUUCGGAGAUCGGCAUACCUCCUUACUUUAAUGAGUGGAUAAACAUCAAAGACAUCUACGUCAACCACUACAGACGAAACGCAAGCGGCAUGCGGCCGAUGCUGCGGGACCUCCAACUUCCGCUGUGGGGUACGCACCACGUCGGGCUGGAUGACGCACACAACAUCGCGAGAAUCAUGCAGCGGAUGCUGGUGCAGGGUGCUCGUUUUGUGAUCUCGGGCCAGAGGCUGCAGAACGGGGAGAUAAAGUUUUUGUUUCGUCGGAGAGCCAAGUAAGAUGGUUGAAUCAUUUCGAGUUGACAAGCUGCAAACCCCACGCGUGUAUGACGAAGGUUGGCAUGCACAUGCGUUGCUGUGUGUCAGGGCGUCGCAUGUGAAGCCACAUCUCAACAUCUCCAAACCAGCGAGCUAAGCUCAUACGGCAUCUAACGUCAAAGCGAUCCGAGUCACAAAGCCCCGGGCAGCCGGGAGCCUGGAACCAUGAUGAGGGGCCAAAGCGGC